AACAAUGAAAAGGCAAAGGAAUACUGUGUGGCUCUUCAGGGACAAACAGAGAUGAAUGAUAGAUCCUGUGGAGAUUCUUACCCUUUCCUGUGUUACAAUGCCAGCAGUACAAGUUACAUCUUAGUGAAGGAGAACCAAACCUGGUCAGCGGCUCAGUCGUACUGCAGGACAUACCACACAGACCUGACCAGUAUAAGAAGCAAAGAGGAGAAAUCCAACAUCACGCUCACUUUGAAUGGAUCAGGGGUUCAGUAUGUGUGGAUUGGUCUCUACAGGGAUCCCUGGGCCUUCUGGUCUGACAACACAACCUCCACAUUCACUAACUGGAUGCCUUCUCAGCCUGAUAACCAAAAAGUAUUUGAGUACUGUGGAGCUCUUUAUUUAACGACAGGGGAAUGGGAUGAUGUUAUGUGUGGCCGUAGUUACCGUUUUUUCUGUUUCACAGCUUUAGAAGGGAAGAUGCAAAGAGUGCUGAAAAUGAAGCUUCAGUCAGAGGCAGACAUGCACAGCACAGAGAUCCAGCAGCAGGUUUCACAGCAGCUGUCAGGCCUCAUGCUGUCAGAAGGACUGACAGACUUCAGGAUUCGCUGGAGGAAAGUCCAGAGUUACCGUGACGACCAGUCAAAGAAGCAGGAUGUGGACGGUGGCUGCAAAACUGAAGACUGACUGGACUGAACCACUUCAUGUGUGAAGUUAAUAACAUGCUGUGCUGAGCUGUCUCAUCCUUUAAAUCUUUCAAUAUCUCAGAGUGUAAAGUUCCACCAACAGCUCAUUUGUUCAGCUGCAGUUGUAGUUUGGUAGAAAUUAUUUAAUCAGAGGUCCACUCACUAGUUUUCCUGAUAGGCUCUAGUCUCUUGUUUUGUUUUGCAGCAUCUCUUUAGACACUUUAGACACUGUCCUUCUGUGGACGUCACUGCACAGGCUUUGUCUGUGUGCAGUUUGUUAGGA